AUGGCUUUCUCAGUGAUGGACGACGAGGAUUUGAGUUUCCUUGGCGGCCUAUUCGAUGAACCAAACGAACCAUACGUCAAUCCAAUUUCAAGCUUAGGAUUCGAAUCAACUGCUUACAUCGAUCAAUUACCGGAUCUCGGAUUGCCAACAUUCGCAUCUAAUCCUAACUCGUUCGAAGCUAAUUUGAAUAAUACGAGUCCAAUUGAUUCGGAACCAAACUUACCACCGGCCAAUUUAAUUAGCCCUCAAAGUACUUCAAAUCAUAGCGAUCACUCUGAUAAAGGGCCGAUGCUUGCAAGUGCGUGGCUCGAUAAUGAAGUCCCAGUACCUCUUCCAGGUAUUUUGAGUGACACAACACUGGAUCUUGAUUUUAUGAAUUAUCUUGCCGGUGAUACAACACCGGAAAAUGCGUACGCGCAGUCGUUUAUGGAUUCAUUCUGUGUGGAGGAAUCUCCAUAUAGUCUACUGGAGAAUCCGGCAAGAAUACCUGCCGAUCAGCCAUCCUCACCAGCGCCACAAAAAGUAUCACAGAAAGUAGCACCAAAAGUAGCGCAAAAAGUAGGGCCACCAAAAGUAGCGCAAAAAGUAGCGCAAAAAGUAGGGCCCGAGGUUGGCAAAAAGCGAGGCCGAGGGCGACCACGUAAGAAUAAAGAGUUGGGAGUAUCACAGAAAGUAGCACCAAAAGUAGCGCAAAAAGUAGGGCCCGAGGUUGGCAAAAAGCGAGGCCCAGGGAGACCACGAAAGAAUAAAGAGUUGGGUAGCGCAGGAACGACCCCUACCCCUAGCAGCGAGAGCUCGAACUCGCCUCCUUCCGAUGACAUUGAGGAUUUCGUAUCUGCUCCGAUCCCAUCGGUUCGAAAAUACGCUCCAGUCGUUAGAAAGAAAAGAUCGACAUCAGAUGUAUCUGACAAGCUACCCCAGCCCAAGAGACAAAGGAAACAAGUUGAGACAACUCAACCCCCUGUUGAUCACCUUUACUCGGCCAACACGAUCACGGCGCAACAUCCCAAGAGGAAAACUAAUGCGAGAACUACGGGGAAAAAACUGAAACUUCGUUUACCAACUAAAAAGGCCCCAAAGGAACCUGCAUCUAUCUGUCAGAAAGAGUUACUGAGUGUCGCGCCUCUCAUCGAGGAAAAUGAAAAAGUCAUUAUACGCCCAGGAUACUCAUGCGAUGAAAAAUAUGGAGAAGCAAAAAGGCGAAAGGGACAAAAACAUAAUUUCAAAAAACCUUCGAUUGAAGAAAAGUACAAUAAAGCAGCAAACAACUGUAGAAGAGAAAGAAUCAUCAAGGCGCUACAACAACUUUUGACAAGAAACAAAAUCAUACAUCGGCGAAUGGCCAGAUUUUCGUUUCUCCCUGGAGUUACGACCCAGGAUGUUAAAAAUACGUGGAAUGAAUGGGUAAAAAUACAAAAUAAUCGAGAGGAGUAUUUGGAAAACAUUCGGUGUCAGACAGUCACAUCGAAGGCAAAAAAUGAUACUAUCGAUAAAACUAAAAUGGAAGAGAUCCUCGCCAACAACGGAGUUAUGCGAGAGGAAAAGGCGAAAUUUCCCGAUCCACUCAAACGUGUCAACGAGUCUAAAAUCAUCCAUGAGGUUAAGCAAAGAUUUUCCACUCACCAAGCAUUUGUUCUUUUCUUUAUCGAAAAAUUCAAAAUUUCGUCACCCUUGUUAUCAAGUUAUGUUUUGCAUAACAUACACCCCGAUAAUAUAUCAGAUAAAGUUAAAGAAAUUAUCCUUAAGGGUCAAAUAGCUCAACCUAAGCCACCUACAACGCGGAAAUAUGAACCAAAAGAUAAUAAAAAGGUAGAUAGUCUUGUUGAAUACGAAGAAAGUCAUCGAAAUCGAUUGAGACAUAACGCAAUGGAACGUAAGCGACGUUUGGAGCAAAAGAUGGGCUUCGAGAUCGUCAAACUAAUGUGUCCCGAGCGGUAUAAGAAAAAGUCUUCCAUUCACAAUAUUCUAAGAGGACUCAAGAAUACGCUGAGCAUGACUUCUACUUACUUCUAUAAAAAAGUUGUCUUUACGUUGGUGCAAAAAGGAUAUGGAAAAUUAGAACUUUCGAAAUUAAAAAAGCUUUGUAAGGAGACAAACACACAAUUAUGUUUAUCUAGUCAGUAA